GUCAAACGCCUUCGCGAGCGCACGGGCGCGCCGAUCGUGGACGUCAAAAACGCGCUCGCCGCGCACGAUUACGACGCCGAAGCCGCGCUCGAUCAUCUUCGCGCGAGCGGACUCGCGGCGGCGGCGAAAAAAGCGCACCGCGCGUCCGCGGACGGCGUCGUGUGCGCGACGACGGCGCGCGCGAACGGCGCGUGGACGUGCGCGAUCGCGGAGGUGAACUCGGAGACGGAUUUCGUGGCGAGGAACGAGACGUUUCGGGCCGUGGAUUUCGCGAAUAAGCUCGCGAUGCACGUCGUCGCGAGCGCGCCGGCGUAUUUGCGCGGCGAUUGCGUGCCGAACGACGUGUACGAGCGCGAGAUGGCGGUGUAUCGCUCGCAGACCGAAGGCAGCGGAAAGCCCGCGAAUAUCGUGGAAAAAAUUCUCGCCGGUCGCAUGAAUAAGUUUUACGAAGAAGUGUGCCUGGAGAAUCAAAAGUUUGUCCUGGACGACUCCGUCACCGUGGGCAAAGCGGUCAAGGCUGAGGGCGGUGAACUCAUCGCCUUCACUCGGAUGAAAGUCGGCGAAGGCAUCGACGUGGAGGAGAAAGAUUUCGCGUCCGAGGUCGCC